AUGUUGGUGAGUCUGAUAUCAGCAGGUUCUGAGACCACCGCUUCCACCCUGAAAUUCUGCUUGGUCUUCUUGGCCCACCACUCUGAUGUCCAGGCAAAGGUCCAAAAGGAAAUUGAUGAGGUGACUCAGUCGCUGCACCCACCUACAAUGGAAGACAGACCACAACUGCCAUACACCAAUGCUGUCAUCCAUGAAAUGCAGAGAGUUCUAGACCUGGCGCCAACUGCUAUCUUCCACGCCGUGACCAAAGACAUUCACUUCCAUGGAUACAACAUCCCAAAGGGCACCACCAUCAUCCCAUUCCUGACAUCAGUGCUUAAUGACCCCUCUCAAUGGGAGACACCAGAACAGUUCGACCCUGGGCAUUUCCUGGAUGAGGAGGGCCAGUUCCGCAAUCGAAUGGCCUUCAUGCCAUUUUCAGCUGGUGAGAAAUCCACAACAUUAUGCUCUCAGUUCCAGGCUUGGUGA